AUCCGGCCGCUAGGCGGCGUAACCCGUAAAUGUGCCCGAGCGUCGUUGAGUGUCGCUCUUGGUUUGUGCUUCCGUCCGGGCAGGACGUGGCUUUUUGUUCAAUGUGCCGCUAAAAGAAACACUUCAUCUAUUUAAUAUCAGCGCUAUAGUAAACUUGGCAACAGCAAUGUCGCUGUAUGAUGACCUCGGGGUGGGUGCCAGUGACACCAAAACCGAAGGCUGGUCCAAAAACUUUAAGCUGCUGCAGUCUCAGCUGAAGGUGAAGAAGGCAGCUCUGACCCAAGCUAAGACCCACCGGACGAAGCAGACGACCGUUUUGGCUCCAGUCAUCGAUCUAAAGCGAGGAGGCCCGAGUGAAGACAGACAAGUCCCGGACACUCCUCCACACGCCGCUCCCGGACUCAAGGAGGCCGCGCCCAGCGGCUUCUCAUCCGGAGAUGUGCUGAUCCCUCUCGCCGACGAGUACGACCCCAUGUUUCCCAACGACUACGAGAAGGUGUUGAAGCGCCACCGCGAGGACCGGCAGCGGCAGAGGGAGCAGGAGCGCCAGAAGGAGAUUGAGGACAGAGAAAAGAAAAGGAAAGACCGGCACGAAGGAGCAGCGCCGAGCGGCUUCUCGAGAUUCCCAGCGGCGGAGGAGGACUCUGAUGAGGAAGAAGAUUAUGAGAAAGAGAGGCGGAAACGAAGUAUGGGGGGUGCUGCUAUCGCGCCGCCUUCAUCCCUCACCGACAGAGAUGGCUCAUCGGCAUACCCGUACGAGGAAGAAGGUCGUCCGACCAGGGGCUCAAAGGCCGCCAUCCCGCCGCCGAUGUACGAGGACUCGGAUCGGCCGCGUUCUCCGCCCGGGCCGACCAGCUCCUUCCUGGCUAACAUGGGGGGCACCGUGGCGCACAAAAUCAUGCAGAAGUACGGCUUCAAGGAGGGCCAAGGCCUGGGCAAGCACGAGCAGGGCCUGAGCACGGCGCUGUCGGUGGAGAAGACGAGCAAACGGGGCGGCAAGAUCAUCAUCGGGGAUGCUGCGGAAAAACCGGGGUCCACACCGCCAGCUGCUCCCGAGACACCCGCAGGAGCAGUAGCGGACUCCAAGAAGUCUGAUGCUAACCCUCUGACGGAGAUUCUCAAAAACCCCACCAAGGUGGUCCUGCUGAGGAACAUGGUGGGCCGAGGAGAGGUGGACGAGGACCUGGAGGGGGAGACCAAAGAAGAGUGCGAGAAAUACGGCAAAGUGAUUAAAUGCGUCAUCUUCGAGAUUGCCGAAGUACCCGAUGAUGAAGCGGUUCGGAUAUUUCUGGAGUUUGAAAGGGUGGAGUCGGCCAUCAAGGCCGUGGUAGAUCUGAACGGACGAUAUUUCGGCGGGCGGGUCGUCAAGGCCUGCUUCUACAGUCAAGACAAAUUUCGGGUUUUCAACCUGGGGGAGUAGUUAUCAAGACCAUCCUUUGCCAUGUACAUACACAUUUUUUUUUUUUUUCUAUUUUCCCUGUCUGUCUGAGUUAGUGUUUAGUUUUUUUGGGGGGAGAGGGAGGAGCUAUUCUGGAAUGAAAUAAUAGCUCCUAUGUCUGAAGAAUAAAGAGGUGAAAUUCA